AUGGGUCAUGUCAAGCUUGCAAACUACUCGCUCGCAUAUAAGCGCAUCAAGAAUGCCGCAUUCCAUGACCCAGGAACACGCAGCACAGUGCUCUUCUUUGUCGCAGCGGACGUCGACGCUAUAUGUGCGUUCAGGAUGUGGGCGAUGCUACUAAAAUCAGAUUGUAUUAGCUAUGUCGUUAUCCCGGUCGCGAGUAUGGAGGAUAUUCAAUCCGAAGCAAAGACGAUGAGUAGCUCAAUCCGUUCAAUCUUGAUGCUGAACUGUGGUGGCCUCUUCAAUUUGGAAGAUUAUAUCGAGCUAUCUGAGGAAAUCACUAUCUAUGUUCUUGACAGUCAUCGACCUAUUAAUCUUCGGAAUGCGUUCUGGAACAACGAAGUUAUUGUAUUUCACGAAAAUGAUCUAGAUAAGGAGCUUUUGCAGGAAAAAGAAGCCAUCAUUUUCACGGAAGAAAAUGAAUAUGUAUCGAGGAAUGGACGAGGACCUAAUUCAGACGAUGAAGAUGAUGAAGAUGAUGUUGAUGAAGAGGAGGCAGAGAGCGAAAAUGACGACGGACCUAACAGUGACGACGAACUGGAAGAGAGGCAUCGACGUCAACGGAGGCGUACUGGAAUUGACUCGGAAGUAGUACCGACAGAUUUAAACCGUCAAUGGAAAGCAGCACGCGCAAUCGUUGUAGAAUAUAUGUCUCGAGGUUCUGUCUAUGGAACAUCAAUAUCUAAUCAGACCUAUAUGAUGGCAACACAGCUAGAUCGUACAUCGACCGACUUGCUUUGGCUAGCAAUUGUUGGUUUGACUUCGCAAUAUACAAAUGAACAAAUUGGACACAAAGACUACCUGGAGACGGUGCAAAUAUACAAAGAUGAGUCGGAGCGACUAAUGCCUGUCUCCAGGCAAGCACGAGGUAGUGGAUCAAGUUUACCGGAUGACGCCGUCUUGGCGACAGUGAUGACUACUACUCCAGAAGACGGCAUCAUUCGCUGUGCUGAGGAGUAUAGAUUUAUGAUGGUUCGCCAUUGGUCUUUAUACGAAAGUAUGUAUCACUCCAGCUAUGUUGCCUCACGUCUAGGCAUCUGGCGUGAGCCUGGACGAAAGCGCCUGCAGGCACUGUUUGCUAAAAUGGGUUUUUCGUUAGAGGAAUGUAAUCAGGUGUUUGCGCACAUGAGUAUUGAUCUAAAAAAGAUCUUGAAGGAUCGAUUAGAGGCUGUGGCACCAGAAUAUGGGCUGUAUGAAAUUCUGUACACAUCAUUUACACGGUCGUAUGGAUACCGUGGUCUGAUAAGCGCCAGUGAUGUUGUAUAUUCAGUCACCAGUCUCUUGGAGUCAUCACCAGAGGCAUUAGUGGCACUUGGAUAUAGAUCAGAACGUAUAGCAGAGGAGACGCUAGGUGUAGGUGUGAUAGCCAAUAUUGGUGAUAAGCAAGACAGCACAGCAAAUGGAUCAACGACAUCAUGGUGGCAUGACAACUUUUUCAAGGCAUGUGAUUCAUUAGAAGCUGCUGGGGGAGAGAAUGACCAACUUCGGCAGGGAUUACGAUUAUGUAUGGAGAUACAGAAGGCAGUUGUUCGUCAGGCAGUCGCAAUUAUUGAGAAGCAGGUUAUCAUCACACUAUCAUCAUGUCGUGUCGCCACUCUCAAAGAUGGCCCUGAUUUACCUAUUUUUUGGAACCCACUGACGCUUAACAAAUUGGCUCAGUUUCUGGUCUAUGCCAUCAGGGAAUAUGGAAGUCGAAAAGCGGGACACAAACCAAUUUCACUUGUGGUUGCAGUUCUCAAAGAAGAAACACAAACAUUUAUAGUGACUGGAGUACAGGGAGCGCCGGUGAUUGGCGAGGUUAUUCCCAAUAAAUUCGGGGCUGUUUUUGAAAGGAUAUCAUACAACGAAAAAAUUCCAGUGAAAAGCCUAGGAUUUGACAAGUCUGUAAUUGAGAUUGACCGCGAUGACCUGGAGACAUUUAUGAAGUCAAUCGGUAGGUAUAUGCGGUAA